UAAUUUUGUGUUUAAUGUUUAUUUGUGCUUGAAACUGGCUUCAUUCAUUUGGUUGUUAACAAACACAAGGAAGCUAAAUACAUGUGAAGCAUGAACCAGUGGUUCCUCUUCUGUGUAAUGUGGAGUGGCUACAGUUCCUUCAAUAUUUUCCAACUGACCACAGAGGAUGAGAGCGGAAGUCUAAGUCAUAUGGUUCUCAACAAUCAAAGCUUAUUCAUUGGAGCUACAAAUGCUCUAUACCAAUUCGACCUUGAUCUGGACUUGGAAAAUAAGAUUAUCACAGGUCCUCAAAAUGACUCGCAGAAAUGUGGACUUACAAUGUACAGUUGCGCUGCCUGGGUUGACGCAUCACCCAUGGACAACCACAAUAAAAUUCUUUUGCUUCAUUCCAAUGAGCUUGUGAUAUGUGGAAGUUUAUUCCAAGGAAAAUGUGAAAUGAGAAACGUCAAAAACAUCAGCGAAGUAACUUUUACUGGAAAUACUUCUGUGGCGUCCAAUGAAAAUGACGUAAACACAAAUGCAUUCAUAACACAAAUUCUAAAUAGUGCAACAAAAGAAAUGGAAACAAUGAUUUAUGUUGCAAACGAGUUUUCAAAGUUUGACAAGUCAAAAAACUCAUUAGAAUUUAAUCUUAGACGAUCCCAUCCCCUUGUUAGCACUAGACUUUCUGACUUUUCACUUCGUGGAAAAAUUGCUUAUGAAACUGAAAACAAAUAUAUGAAACCCGGAUUGAUAUCAUAUGUACAGGGAUUCGCUUCAGGAAAUUAUAGCUACAUUUUAUUCAAUGAAAAGAGUCCGGAUGAUAGAACACACUACUCCAAAAUUGUUCAUAUGUGUAGGAAGGAUGACCUAUUAAAAACCUUUCUGGAAAUACCAUUAACUUGCAAAUCAAAAAGUAAGACUUUCAACAUACUGAAGGCCGCAAAGAUAUUUAAACCUGGUCUGAGCUUAAUGAAAUCACUACAGGAACAGUUGCCUUACCUGACGUCAGAAGAUGAUGUCAUAAUCGGACUGUUCAGUCACAGUGUAGACAACAGUUCAGCUAUAUGUCUGUUUAGUAUGCCAGAAGUCAAAAAGAAAGUUCUUAGUAAUAUAAAGACGUGUCUUAAUGGAAGCACAGAAUAUGCAGCUAAUUUAAAGUACAAAUAUGGAUUAAAAUGUACAAAAGUAGAUACGUCUUCAUUUACUGAUUCUGAGUUGCUAUGCUCAAGUUCUCUGAAUUUGAUAAUUGAUGGGAAAACUCCAGUAGUUUCUGCCCCGGUUAUACAGUUUCCAGCAACAGAAAACAACCCGGAAUCUUUGGCUGUCACUAUCACAGGAGAACACACUGUAGCUUUCCUUGGCACUUCAAAUGGGCAUAUCAGAAAGGUGGUUCUUAAAACGUCCAUCAAUGCAGAGCUGUACGAUUCCGCCUUUGUAGUGGACCAGGGCCAUACUAUAAAGCAGGAUAUGGUGUUUGAUGAUUCUCAGAUGUAUCUUUUCGCCAUGAGUGACAGAAAGGUGGCCAAGAUUCCGGUGCAGAAUUGUUCCCGCUACACCACAUGUAGAGAUUGUCUGUUAAGUAAUGACCCAUAUUGUGGAUGGUGUGUCCUAGGACACAGAUGCUCAUUAAAAAGCAAUUGCUACAACCCUACAAACAUUCGAUGGGUGAACGGUCCAAAGCAGGAAAGCAGAUGUCUCGAAAUACUUAAUGUUUCCCCACCAAUGCUCCAUGUUUCCCAAAACAUCGCAUUAAAUCUAACAAUCAAUAAUCUGCCUCGAGAUGACAAUAUCACCUACAACUGUGUGUUUAGCCUUCCUAACGGAAAUCAGAUAUUAUCCCCAGCUGUUCAAUGGAGUUUUGGUACUGAGUGUAGGAAUCCUAAUGUUGAAAAUCUUAGAAUCAGUUUUAACAGCAGCCUGGGAUAUAUCAACGUAAGCCUGGGUAUUUUGUCUGUUGAAACAGACAAAUUGAUUGUUUCAUCACAUUAUCUUUUCUACAACUGCAGCAGUUUUACAAGUUGUACCAGAUGUGUUAACAACAUUUUCUGGUGUGACUGGUGUAUCACAGAAAACAAGUGUCAGUACAACACGGAUCAGUGUUCUGGGGAGAAAGUCAGUAGUCAAAAAGCUAAUGAAAGUAGACAAGGGAAGAACUUUUGUCCAAUGGUGGACGCAAUUCAGACCGGUCCCUUAUUGGUAGAACAGGAUCAAAAUAAAACAAUCGUCAUUCAAGGAAAGAAUUUCCCAGAACCAGACAAAUAUAGAGGACAAAUACAGUUACCAUCAAGGAUACUUUAUGUAAAUGGUCGAAGGAUUUCAAGUACUCAAUUAAUUUUCAUUAUCGGCAAGGUAAGUAUAACAUUAAAAGUGCAA